AUGAACGCGGGACGGGUUGGUGAUUGCCUCAGCCAUGUCUGUUGCACACUCCCCGCUCGCGCUGUGAAAAGUACUUUGGAUUGGGAUAUUGCGAGGAAAUUUUGGUUCUCAUUUUUAUUUUUGACCGUGCUUUGCGCCAAGCUUCUACACAUCUACGCUCACUGGGACUCGGUGCCCAUGAAAAAGUUGUUGUUGUGGGGAUCUACAUUCUUUCUACAAGAUUUCAUCUUUCUCGCUAUCGGAUAUGCAUUGACUCAAAAUUUCCUUUCGAGGGCGGUGCGCGUGGUGGCAGGUCUGGUGGUGGUGGUAACCACUCUAGUCCUAUCCGUCAUGGCCUCGGCCAAUACCUCCUUCUUUUUCCUUACCGGUGCCGAAAUUCACUGGCGUCAAGCGGGCUCAUUCGAAAAAGAUCCAGCAUCAGUCAACACCCUCCUCACAGGUCUGACCGGUCUGGUCAUCGUGGAAGUCGUCCUUCUCAUUAUCGCCAUUUUCGCUUCACCAUACCCAUACAUGGCCGUGGAGGCUGUCGUUGAUGUCUGGUCUAAGCUGCUGAGUGCCGUUUUCAAGCCUGCUUGGCGCGCGUCCAAGCCAGGAAGAGAAGCCUUGCUGCUUCGAUCCAAGCCUUAUGUCGAACGGUUCCUGAGCCGAUCUGCGUACGGACGAGCGAUUUACCAGAACCUCAAGAUCUACGAACCCGUCGCUCUUAACGACUAUGACGAGGAUGAUAAGGAGAUGUCCGGCUCUGCUCCGCUGCUUGAGGGUCAGAAUGCCGAGCCCGCUGAUGACACAGAAGCUGCGGGCUGGAACCAUGCUCGUUGGAAUUCUUCUCGCCGUUUUGAUAUUAGGAACUGGGAUUGGAAGUACAUCGCUCGAGGUGCUGCCAUUAUUGCCCUCACCCUCUUUGUCAUAAUUAUGCGUUGCGUCCGCCCCAACGAUGAGUCUUAUUCAUUCCUCUCUCAAACCAUCGUUAUGUCUCCUUUCGCUGGUGUCGAUUCUCAGACUAAGCUUGCUGGUAUUACCGGAGAUCAUGAAAUUGAUGGUAAACUCACUGCAUUGACUCAGCCACCACGCUUUGACUGGCUUCCUCAGGGUGACUGGCCUGGUUUCCGUGACUGGAAGAAGUCCAUUACUGGCGUCUACGACAACCUGCACUACAACUCGACUGAAGAUCCUCUGCACAUCUCGAACUUGCACCUGGACAUCCUCGAGCCCCUCCGGAAGGCCGUCAAGAGUGAUGAUUUCAAGAUCAAGCACGUUCUCGUUUUCAAGAUGGAAAGUACUCGCUUUGAUGUUUUCCCCCUGCGCAAGGGUGGCUACAUGCACGACCGCAUCCUGGAUUCCUACAAGAAUAAGAAGGUUCCCAAGGAUGUCAAGGCCCGCUUGGCCAACCUCACCCAUACCGCUGAGCGUCUCACGGGUACUGAGUCUGGACUUCAUAAAGAGGGAAUGGUGAAGCCUUACGGUGGUAUCUACGCCACAAACUCGUACACCUCGGGUACAUUCACCUUGAAGAGUAUUACAGGAACCACCUGCGGUGUCUCCCCACUGGUUAUGGACUUCAACCAUGAAUACGAGUACCACCUUUACAAUCCCUGCAUGCCUCAUGUUCUCGAUAUCAUCAGCGCCGAAGGAAAGGAUAACACGAGCGAGGACUUCACCAACUGGCCUUGGCGCCCACGCUUCAUGCAGUCUAUUACCGAUACCUACGACCACCAGAACCGACUUACCCCUGCUCUUGGUUUCAAGCCCGAGAACAUUUUGACCGUUGAGUCGAUCGAUAAGGAGCACGCGAACGAUACCUCUUUCCACGGCGAGAAGUUCAACUUCUGGGGUUAUCCUGACCACGACCUUGCCAGCUACUUCCGGGAGGCCAUUAAGAGCGCCGAGAAGAACCAUGAGCGUCUGUUCAUCGAGCAUUUGACUGGUUUGACUCACCACCCCUGGGAUACGCCUGGCAAGAAGUACAAGGAGCUUCUCGGAUCCUCCUGGGGCGGUAACAACGACGAUGUCAACCGUUACCUGAACACAAUCGGUAUCAACGACAAAUGGUUCGGUACUGUUCUGGACAUUCUUGAGGAGACCGGUGUUGCCGAUGAGACCCUCGUUAUCAUGACAGGUGACCACGGUCUCUCUGUUCUCGAGGACAACAGUAUCACUCCUUAUGAUAACCCUCACGUCGCCAACUUCCACGUUCCCCUCGUCAUCUCCAACCCCCGUCUCCCUCCCAUCCAAGUGAACUCAUCUGUCACCUCGAUCCAGAUCGUUCCCACCAUCCUCGAUAUCCUCAAGGAAUCCGGCUCCCUCGACAAGUACAGCGAGCGUGCCAUCAAAGACAUCCUCCCCAUGUACGAGGGUCAAUCCAUCAUCCGUCCCAUCAUCGACAAGACCGAACAGACCCGCAACUGGCAGUUCACCGUCAUGAACACCGGAGGAUCCAUGGUCGCGAUGCGCUCCGCAGCAAUGCCCUACCGACUGGUCAUUCCCCUCGUCCCCGAAGUCGAGUGGCGAUUCACCAACCUCGAAAAAGACCCUCAUGAGAAGAACCCGAUCAAAUCAUUUGGUCUUGAACCUCUCACAUCUGCCAUUGCUAUGAAGCAUGGCGCUGAGGCUGUCGCGUGGACUGAAGAAGCUGCUAAGGCAGGUCAGUGGUGGGUUGCUGAUAAUUGGCGCCGCUACGAGUACAGUCCUGCGUGA